GAGCCUAGUUUAUCCGCUUGUUCAUUUACAGGCGAUCUUUAUAUCGUUGAUUCGUAUUCGGUAAUACGUAAAACGUGACUCUGCCAAUUAGAUACAAAUCGUUCGAAAAGGCGAUCGUACGGUGAUUCAUCGUGAGAUCGUAGAAUUUUCCUAUUAAAUCGUCGAGUAUUAUUAAGGUAAUCAAAAGUCAGACAUUAAGGCGCAGUCCAAGUGGCGUACAAGAAUUGUUGUGACAGAAGCGUUGUUGAAAGUUGUCUGUUUCGUCGUUGCUGUCGUAUUUCCUUCCUGUUCUCUUUCCUUAUUUUUUUCUUUCUCUAGCGAUCUCCUAUUCUAAACCUAUUCGAAAUUUAGUAAAACAGAUAUUUCAUCCAUCGACGUGCAAAAAGUAUUAGAGAGAAAGAAGAGUACAACAUACGCGCAUUUGUAGCGAAAGAAGAAGGAGGAAGGGAAAGAAAGUCGCUGUGUCAGAGGUUUUACGUCUCGUGCCGUUCGCACGAGAAGAAGAACGAUGAAGUUUGAAUACAAGGAGGGCCACCCUUUCGAGAAGAGAAAGGCAGAAGGUGAAAAAAUAAGACGAAAGUAUCCGGACAGGGUCCCUGUGAUCGUUGAAAAGGCACCCAAAGCCAAAAUUAGUGAUCUGGAUAAACAAAAAUAUCUUGUACCAUCUGAUCUGACUGUUGGACAAUUUUACUUUUUAAUCCGCAAGAGGAUUCAUCUUCGUCCAGAAGAUGCCUUGUUCUUCUUUGUUAACAAUAUCAUUCCUCCUACAAGUGCUACCAUGGGAUCUCUUUAUGCGGAACAUCACGAGGAGGACUUCUUCCUGUACAUAGCUUACAGCGAUGAAAAUGUCUAUGGACAUUAAAAAUAAUUGGAAUCUUGGUUAAUGCUGAGAACUAAAAAAAAAAAAAUUAAAAAGAAAAAAAAAGAAACAGCAAAGAAUCUAUCAUCUACGAUGUAGUCUUCAUAGACGCUUUUGAAAGUGUAAUCAAAUUAAAAGCCCUCAGUAAUCUGAUGAUGUUUAAAAAGAUGUUAGCGCUGCACUCUUUGGUCUUGCUUUCUCUACAAAUUUUAUGCGAUUCUCGUAUGAAGACAAAAACACUUUACUUUAAUUACGCUUUUUUUUAAUUUAUAUAUUUAUCAUUGACACACAUUGAUUACAAGAAAUAUUCAAUAAUCACACCACAAUAAUAUCAGCGCUGAUCACACUUGAUUGCUCAUUUAUUUUGUCGAACGAUAUUAAAGAAAUUACUAAAUAAUCAUAUUCAUGGAAAGGAAAUAUUCUAUAUAUAUACAUAUGUAUUGUGUGAUAUUAAUUUUGUUUUUAUAAUUACUGAUGUUUUUAGUGCAAAUUAAUAAUCAUGUAUAAACGAAAUUUAACUACAUAGACAUUGUCUAAUAAUGUAUUUUAAAAAUAUUCUUAAAUGAAAAGAAAAAAUCGUAUAUUUACACAGUCUAUAUGAUAUCAUCAUUUUCUUGUAUUUAGGCUAGUAUUAUUAUAUUGACAUAAUUUGUUGUUAUUUCAGUUAAUAAAGAAGGAAAAGAAAUUGCUACUUGUAUGGUAAGGUGGAAAAUUUAAUGUAACGGCUGGAUGUGGGCCAAUAAAAAAAGAUUAAAAAGGA